AUGUCUCGUUACGCCCCCGUGAGUCAUCAUCCUCCCGCAGAGUUCACUUCAGCAAACUUCGACAACAUGAAUUCACAAUAUCCACCCUACACGAACAGUAGUGAGAAUAUUCCUCUAAAAUCCCAGAAUUUUACCCGGGUAUCAGAGCAGAGUGAGCCAUACAAUUCCAUGUCUCAACAAUCGACCUGGAAAGAAUUCAACAGGACCGACACUGGAUCUUCUCUCGGGAAAAUCGCAUCUUCUCCAUGGGAACAUAAAUUGAACGAGAAACACGUCAGGGGUGUUCCUCCACCAACAGACACUACGAGGUACUUCGAUCGCGGGCGCCAGACUCGCAGAGUAUUUCUCGAAUGUCUGUUCAUGUGGUUCGGCACAGCCUUCGUUUGUGGAGCGCUGGCCGGCACCAUGUACGGGUUCUCCAGAAUCACUUCAGGCAUGUCUCAAUUUCAGAAGUACGGAUACAACGCCUUGGUCACUGGCCUAUCCAUUGUUCUUGGUCUUGCAUUUGCGGCACAGUUCAAGCAGUAUGCAGAGAUGAUGCGCUGGCGGUUUCUUGCAUCAGAAUACCGUUCACUACAAGACUUCGAGCUUGUUCUAGGUUGUGAUAGCUACCGCAAUACAUUGAGUCUCAUGUGUGGUGGCAACCGCAAAGGCACCUGGUAUCCCAGCAAAACCCAAGUCAUUGCGUGCUUCUGGUUCAUGGUUUUCGUUGUUUUCAACGUUUGCGCAGCCCUUUUGGGUUUGACGUACUCCAUCGAUGUCUCGGAAACCGCCAUUUCCAUAAGUCCUGGAAACAUCAGUGUGGCCGACCUGAGUUACAUAUCCGGUGAUGAUCUCGAAGACAACGGAGCAAGCCUUUCCAUAUAUGAGUCCAUGCCGGCAGCAAACUUGUGGGGCGAGCUCGGCUUAUCAUACCAAGAUUCCGUCUACCCUGUCGAUGGAACGAACAGCUCAUGGAAAUACACAUUUUCCGAUUAUUCAUCAAAUCCUGAAAACAAAUUGGGUGUGUUAUCCACCAGGGAAGUCCACAGUACUAGUACAUGCCAGGAGUACAAGGUUACAUUUGGAGGAUUCGGCAAUUUCAAUGUUGGUGAGGACACAACGGCAGUGAACUUGGUCAUGUAUGAGGACUUCGAAGGCGUUGAACAAAGUUUGAUAAUAGAGAAUGUUGCUAUUGGAGCUACGAGUUAUAUUGGCAACGGAUCUUCUGUUGACAACUUAACCUGCGGUCCUCGUUGCGCCCAGGUACUCAUCCUGCAGACUGCCAACAAUUGCACAGAAGCAAUGACACUCACAACCAAUACGACAGACGACUGUUUUGGGGUUGUUCCCGUUCCAGAACCCAGGCUGUGGACAUGCGACACAAAUAUCACCGACGUCCUCAACGCGACUUCUCCUUUGGAAGGGUUCCAGACCCCAGAGGUGCUCGCUCUCCCAGACCCGCAGGCGCAGAUUAUCGCAGGAGCGACUGGCUGGAGCGGAGUUUUCCUGGGCGACUCCGGUCUCACACAAGCAGUCAUCUUCCGUGGGAGGAAUAUCAUGAACGCUCCCGGGAGCGCAGGUGCGGAGGGCAUCGCACAACUGGUGAUGAGGUUCUCCGUGGGAGUAGUCGCCGCAAUUGAUCAGGCUGGUGGGCCGAGACAGUACACGAUGGGAGCAAACAGUCCCGGAGCAGCCCAAAUUGUCAAUGUCAAGUGGAAAUGGUCCAUUCUUAUCCUUGCCGGGAUCCCCCUUGUGCAGUUCAUCAUGCUAAUAGGAGUGGUAUGGUUUUCUGGGAAGGCUGUCAUUCUCGAACCAAGCUACAUGACGGCUGCACAUCUUCUGCAGCCCAUGCUCAAUAAGGUUGGAGAGAGCGGCUCGCUGUUGUCAACGGAUGAGAUGGCAGAGAGGCUGGGAGACUACAAGAUUGCCUACGCCGUACGUCCCGACAGGAAUGAUCCAGGUCAUUCAGACACUACUUUCGUGCGGGAUCUCGGCAUCGUCGAGGAGGCUGAAGGUUAUGGAUACAUCCGUGGCAAGAUGCCAGAGGGUCGAUACGAUUGA